ACUGUGUCACAAUGGUACAGUCUCAGAAAGGCCGCUGUUGUCCAUGUGCUUUCGCUGACGGAAGAUUUCUUAUGAUUUCGGUCGACAGAAAAUACUUUAUGCAACACUGAUGUUUUUGAUGUGACUUCAGAUUUAGAAUACACAAACUCAGAUAAUACAUUCGCUGUCAUUUAAACAUGCCUCACAGAAAGAAGAAAGCUUUCAUCAAUAAGAAGAACGCUGUGUCCUUUCAUUUGGUGCACAGAAGUCAGAAAGAUCCACUUGCAGCAGAUGAAACAGCACCUCAACAUGUCCUCCUGCCUGCCAAUAAGGCAGAGAUGGAGAAAAGGAAGGUGGAACAGAGGAACUUUGGAGUGUUUUUCGAUGAUGACUAUGAUUACCUGCAGCACCUGAGAGAGGUGUCACCCCCCACAGAGCUAGUGUCCGCCCCUUGCAUCCGCAGAGACGCUCGAUCAAAGACCGCAGAGGAGGAGACAGAGGAAGAGGACGUCAGCGUUCCCGCGGCCUCCAUCAAACUUCCCUCAUCUGUGUUCGCAUCAGAGUUUGAAGAGGAAGUGGGAUUGUUAAACAAAGCAGCUCCUGUUUCAGGGCCGCGGCUGGAUAUGGACCCAGACAUUGUCGCUGCUAUGGAUGAGGACUUUGAUUUCAGUGACCCAGAGAACAUGUUGGACGAUGAUUUUGUCAUCAAGGCCAAUGACGCCAUGGGCAAUAUCGGUGGUGAUGAUGAUGAAUGGGAGGACACGGAUGAGGAAGACGAUGAAGAGGAGGAACAAGAUUACGAUUCAACGGACGGUCUGUCAUUGGAUGAGGAAGGCGGCCCGCGAGAGUUCAUGUUUGGGGAUUGUGAGACGAAGAGUCGUUUUACGGAGUACUCGCUCACCUCCUCCGUCAUGAGGAGAAACGAACAGCUCACAUUACUGGACGAUCGCUUUGAAAAGUUUUACGAGCAGUUUGACGAUGAUGAGAUCGGAGCGCUGGAUAACGCUGAGCUGGAGGGAUACAUCGAACCGGACAGCCAGCGACUGGAAGAAGUCAUCAAAGAUUACUUCAUACAGAAAGAGAAAGAAUGUCAGAAGCCAGAUCAGUUGGGUCGUGCACAGCUGCCUUCUGUGAGAGAGGAGGAGGAGGAUGAUGAUGAAGAGCAGGUGGAGAUGGAGACACUGGUGAUAGAGCCACCUGCAGAGCGCUGGGACUGUGAAACUAUCAUCAGCACUUACUCCAACCUGUACAAUCACCCCAAACUGAUCCAGGAGCCUCCAAAGCCCAAACAGAUCCGAGUGUCCAAUAAGACUGGGAUUCCUCUGGACGUUCUGCCGAAAAAAGGCCUGACGGCCAAACAGGUGGAGAGAAUGGAGCGGAUCAACGACUCUGACUUGCCCAGAGCCUCAACACAGCCCCGCUCACGAGAGGAGAGCACAGAGGAGAGGAGAGCCAGGAAACAAGCCAUCAAGAUGGAGAGGAAGGAGAGAAGAACAGAGAAGAAAGCAAACAAACUGGCGUUCCAGCAGGAGAAACAGAUGCAAGAGAAACAGAUGGUUAGUUUAAGAGCAAAUGUUCAAGGUCUGAAGCUCUCAUAAGACCUUAAAGACCAUCAAGAGACUGUUCUGAAUUUCAAAUGAGAGUCCAGGAUCUCACUGAGGAGGCAUUUUUUUUUUGUUGUUUUUUUUUUUUUUUAAAGAGACAUUAUGUGCAAGUGUACUGAUGAGGCAUAUCAUGACAUCAUUCUGGUACCACUGAUGAAAGUUGGACCCAACUUACCUGGAUGUUUCUUGUACACAGACAUAAUACAGUUUAAGAACAAUGUGCAAGGUGCUCUUUUUGAGACCAUUGUUAUUCUAAGAUCAACUCUUGCAUGGAUACUUCACUAUGAACAGAAUAUUACAAAAUCAUUUUCUUAAUGAAGUUUGGCUGUUUAUCCAUAUAGGGGUGAAUAUAUAAUUUCCUUUUAUAUGGAGUUUGUUCCUUACUGCCGCUUUGGAAGGCAAAUGUGCUCUUUAAAAUGUAAAUUAAACCUUUAUCCAUUUUGAAAAUGUUUUUUAAUGUGCCACCAAUUUUUACAUAUGAAAAACUACAAGUAUUAUUUUAGCAUAGAAUCCCAAGGCCAUUUUUAAUAAAAAAAACAAAAAACAAAAAACAAAACAACAACACUGAACAGAAAUCCCAUUCACCAUUUUUCACCACUCGUACUCAACCAGUAUAACAACAGAAACUAUGAUUGUACCCUAUCAGCUGUCUAUAAUCUAGACAGGCUGUCUUUGUCGCAAAGAAGCUCCUGAAUUCAUUGCAUCCUCUUGAUUAUGGAAUGCAAAAUGCAUCAUGUAGUUUACCUGAAAUAAAAGACCCUUUCUGCCUUAU